UUUGCAAAACUUUUACUGUGGUGUUCAGUUUAGUUAGUUGUUUGCGGUAAAAAAAAUACAGGAAAGAUGACAAGACGGCUGGUAGCAUGUCUGCUGAACAUUUCGGAGGGUAGGAGUAAGGAGACACUGGAGGCUAUCGCCAUGUCUGCACUGAGGGUGAAUGACAGGGCAGACCCAGAUAGUGGCUGCAGAGCUUCAGUGCUGAACAUUUUCUCUGACCAUGAGUACAACAGAUCCUCCAUGACCAUCACAGCCACAGUAGAGCACAUUGGUGAGGCUGUGGUCCACGCCUGUACAUCUGCCUACCAACUUAUAGACAUGAGUAGACAUGAGGGAGGCCAUCCCAGACUAGGGUCAGUAGACCUGGUGCCCUUCCACCCUCUGUCUCCAGGGGUCACACUGCAGGAGUGUGGGGACAUUGCAAUAGAUGUGGCUCACAAGUUGGCCUCUACCGUCAAGGGCAGUGCAUCCUUUCUCUUCGGCCAUGCUGACCGGCCGUUGUGCCGACCACUUGCCCAGCGCAGGAGAGAAGUGGGCUGGUUUUCGACCGGUUGUCCCUUUGAGGAACUCUCACAAGACAUAGGAGAAAAACCAUCAAGCCGGUAUGGCAUAACAGCUAUUGGAGCCAUGCCUUACAUGAUGGUGAUAAAUGUCACCAUUGACACUCAGGACUUGAAGUUUGGGCAGCAAAUUGUCAAGUCCAUCAGGGGUCGAACACCUGGGGGCCUUCCUGGUGUCCAGGCUAUGGCAUUUACUCAUCAGGGACAAGUGGAGAUAGCCUGUAACAUCAUGAGUAUUCCUCAUGAAGAACAAAGUAGUACUUCAUCUAGAAUUCCCGGAACUGAAGAAAGGGAGAACUUGUACAGGUAUGGUGAGGGGGUAUACACCCCUCCCUCUGUUGUGGAGAGACGUAUACAGGAGCUAGCUGCUGAAGAAGGGGUGAGGACUGUUGGGACUACUGUGGUGGGCUUCACACCACAUGGAGCAUGUCAGCUGGCUGAACAGGCACUCAGUACAGGCCAGGCCAUGCAUUGGAAGACAAGAACACAGGUCACUAUGUGAUCAGCAUUGGAACAUGUUUCAGAGGUAGAGAUACUGAUAAUAAUGUAAAGGCAAUUUAAACUAGAGAAAUAACAUUUGCAAAGCAAGUGCAUAAUGUUUACCUUCAGACAUGGUCUGCCCUGUUAAUUUUUACUCAAACACAUUCA